AUGUCAGAGAACCAAGGCAGAACACCGUCGACAAAGCUCAGCCACGUGCGACAAUGGAACCAACCCUGGGACACGCCUGACCCGGAAGCGCCAUCGGCGUAUCAACGGGACAUCUACUCAGCCUUGUCGAAGCCCAUCUUCUCGACCAAGCCUGCGCAAUGGGAGGCGCUCGCGAGGGAGAAGGUGCCGGCGGAGAACUUCGGCUACGUGUUUGGGUCCGCCAGCAGCAACAAGACCUACCACGCUAACAUUGAAGCCUUCGAUCGCUAUCGCCUGCGGCCGAAGAUGCUUGUCAAUGCCACGAGGCGAGACCUUGGUGUCGAGUUGUUUGGGACAAAGUAUAAGAGUCCGAUUGUGGUUGCGCCGGUGGGCGUGCAGAAGAUCAUGCACCCGGAUGCCGAAGAGGCUACAGCGAAAGCUACCAAGAAUCUUCAAAUUCCCAUGAUCUUGUCGACAGCUGCGACAAGGACUACUGAGCAAGUCGCGCAAGCAAAUGGGGACGGUGACCGAUGGUAUCAGCUCUACUGGCCGAAACCGCAGGAAGAAGCCAUCACCGUCAGCUUGCUGAACAGGGCCAAAGCAAAUGGCUACAAAGUCCUAGUCGUCACGCUGGAUACAUUCACUCUUGCAUGGCGUCCUGAAGAUCUCGAUCACUCGUAUCUUCCCUUCCUCUGGGGCGAUGGCUGCCAAAUCGGACACAGCGAUCCCGUCUUCAACGAGCGCUACGCAGAGAUGGAGGCGGAAGAUACCCGCUCAGUCUCAGAGAAGCUGGCAGAAGCCUGGGAUAUGAUGAAGCGACCAGGUACCCCUUGGGGCGCUCUGAAAGUGCUUUCGAACGCACAGACACUGAAAAGAUCGAGAGCAUGGCUUGAUGUGAUGAGCUCAGGGACUUACAGGGAUUGGGAGCAGCUUAAAAUUCUGAAGAAACUCUGGGAUGGCCCGAUUGUGCUGAAGGGCAUUCAGACCGUCGAAGAUGCGCAAAAAUCCGUCGAUUACGGAGUGGAUGGGAUUAUUGUCUCGAACCACGGAGGUCGACAACUCGACGGCGCCAUCGCCUCCCUGGACGCACUCGCUGAGAUUGGUGCAGAUGAGAAAGUCAAACAGUCCGGUCUGACAAUUCUCUUCGACAGCGGCAUCCGUACUGGAAGCGAUGUCUUGAAAGCACUAGCUCUUGGUGCAAAGGCCGUAUUGGUAGCAAGACCAUACAUGUACGGGCUUGCGAUCGGUGGCCAAGCUGGGGUGGAGCAUGUCUUGAAGUGCAUCCUCGCCGAUACAGACAAUAUGCUUGGCCAACUAGGAAAGCAAUCUGUCAAAGAUGUUGGGAGGGAUGAUUUGCAGUUUAGGCGGGAGUCGAAGCUGUAG